AUGCUGGUCAGCGUGGAGGGAUGCUCCUCGCCCAGCUUCGUCUUGCGAGUCUCCACCACCUGCACUUCCAACUGCUCGGCCACUUCCCGCCGGCCCCUAAUUUCGAGUGGCCUUACUCGUCAGCGCGAAGGGAUCGUUCUCGCCAAAUUUUGUCUUCUCUAUCUCCACCACCUGGGCGUCAACUCUCCCGGCCUGUUCCCGUCGGCUUUCGUUAUGAAGAACUCUGCCAUGAUGGGCCAGAUGAAGCAAUUUCUCAUUCUCACCCUUUCUGUUCCUUGA